AGUUGAACGAUGGUUAUGUUCGAACGUUACUAAAGAAUAUUACACAGUUCAAAAUUUAUUAUUCAAAUUAUUUUCGUAUUAAAUUCAAAAUUUAUUACGUCUUACCGUUUCGGCUAUUGGCUCGCCAGCACUUUAACUGAUCCUUCGCCGAUCUUCCUCCUGUGGAGGGUCACCAAUCACCGUUUGAGUGAUCUGUUUUUGCAACAAAACAUCUGGAGAAGCCUCUGUAAUUACAAGAAGGAACCAUGUCGGGUUUGAAUCAGCACUACCAGGACUACUACCUGUUGCCGGGCACGUACUCCUAUCCAAUGGCCACGCACGCCGCACCAACGGCUAGCGCCUAUCUGCCAAACUACGAAGAGAUGUCCUGGCAUAUGCCAGACAACAGCGCGGCCACCUAUGUGGCUAGUCCCCUUGGCGUGAUCAACUAUUUGUCCGAUCUUCAGUCCCAAAUGGCCUUGCCCACCCAACAAAAUCUGAGCAGCGGUCUCUUCUAUGCGGUCCUCAAUCCGCUUGAACAGCAUGUGGCUAUGCCAAUGGCAGUGCCUGUGGCAGUGCCGGUGCCAGUGCCAGUGUCGGUGCCGGCCUAUCACCAGGCGAUAUAUGCCUGCCAGCAACCAGUGGAGCAGAUUUGUUAUUACCAGUUGGUGCCCAUGUCUGAGGAGGAUACCUCCACAGGACAGCAGCCAGAAGACUACUCAGCCCAGCCCGCAGAAGCGGAAGAGCAAGCCAUGGAGCCAGCAGUUGAGCAAGAGCCUACAAACGGCAAGCGAGCCUACCAGGCAGAAGAGGGCUACUUGGUUGAGGAGCCGACCUCCUCGGAAGAGGACCAGGAGGAGAGCAAAGAGGAACCAACCACACCAGAGACGCAUUGAUAAGCUCCUACGGAUCCCACUUGUUCUGCUAUCGAGGCCAGUGGUGGAUACAAAUCGAUGGGCGCUCGCUAAAGACGAUGACAAAAUCGAACCAUUGAUUGUAUGUACAGACAUACUGUGUACCUUUGCAAGGAAUUGUUUUAUUAUAAUUUAUAGUCGCAAAAACAUACAUACUGAAUAUACUUCCCAACUAAA